GGGCGGCGAGUGCACAGCGCUCUUGGAGAAGCUACGUGUGGCCGUCCUGGUGUGGCGGGCGGGCCAUAGGAAGGCGAGGAACGGGCGGGCGUGGGCGUUGGUGGAGAGCGCGGAGGUGCAGCUGGACCGGUCGAGGGUGCGAAAGAGGGACAUGAGAGGGCGGGCAUGGUGUCAGCGGGAGCCUCGGGAGAUGCUGAACAUGGAUGGGACGGAUGUGUGAUGCUCAGAAGAGGCCCAUGGAGGGGUCGUGGCUUGGGUGCGGCGGAGGAGCGCGAGGGGAGAGCUGCGCGUCGAUGCUGCGAAAUUUCGACCUUCUAGCAUGCCAAGCCUCACUUCCGCGCUCUCUCCACGGCCCAUUGCGUUGCGCCCUCGACGCUCGUCGCUCUGCCUCCCACGCCCGAUCAGAUGCUACCCCGCGCAUAACACACAUCAUCCACCAUGGGCCGCCAGGACUUCCGCCCUCUCCGCGUGCGCCAGGCCGCAAAAGCCCUGUACGACGCCAAACGCAUACCAGCCCUGCCCGAAUGGUAUAAUGUCAUCGGCAACAUUCCGCCCGGCGAGACGCUGGCCCGUCCCGUCCUCCGGGCCCCCAAGACGCGCAGCACCAAGAAAGCCAGCAAGCUGUUCAAGCCGCUGCCCAUUGUCUACGCCGAAGACAAGCUGCGCUCAGACUUCUUCGGCGACCACCCGUGGGAGCUGGCACGGCCGCGAUUAGUAGUAGAAAACACCGGGAAUGACGCAAAGGGCUACGACUGGAGCAAGAUUGCCCAGCCGGGGAAGCAGAUGGACGGCGAGAGCGUCAUCCAACGCCAGAUGUGGCUCAUGAAGCACCGCUCCCUCUCCAAAGCCUCCGCCUACGACAUGGCCCGCCGCGAAUUCUACCAGCACCGCCACCUGUCCGAGAUCCGCCAGCGCAUCGCCAAAGAAGAGGCCCUGCAUGUUGGGGCAUACUUCGGCAAGGGCCCGCUCGAGAUCGGCAUGGGGCUCGAGGACCGCACAUGGGAGAGCUGGAAGGUCUGGGCCGCCAAGCAGAUCGAGGACGAGCAGUCGGUGCGCGCGCAGAUGUUCUCGGGGCCGGGGAAUGAGGCCGAGAGCACUGAUGGCGAUUUGAGUGCUGCUGAAUACGACAACGCCGUUAAGGAGUUGGGGAGUGCGCAGGCACCGGCAGGGGGAGCGCCGUCGCUUACAUGAGGGGGCUGAUAGUGUAUGAGAAAUGUAAAUAUACCAUCGAGGCAGGUUUGGAGCCUCCAUUGGACAUGUGAGGGUUAUUAAGGAAUUAAUCCUCCACUUUCUCCUCCCAACAUGACAAUUCGAACAGCGAAUUCCUUCCUCCAUAAAAUCUACAAGUCACACUUCCUAACCCUAGCACAGCUAUUCCAGCACACAAGAA